AUGAACGGAUUCGCCAAUGGCAGCACGGACACCACCGAUAAGGAUAUACCUACCCCAUUCCCAAGGAUCGAGGACGAGGUCAAUUACAGUGCGCAGGAGCGAGAGUUUCGGGAGAGCAAUAAACUGAAGAAGCGCAAUGAUGGCGCCCCAGGUCACAAGAGAUCCGUUUCCGGAAACCUUCUGUCGCGCCUGAGCUUCCUCCGCACAAACAGCGACCAGGACAAGACGGACGGUGGCGAUCGAGAUGGACCGGACUCUCCUCAUCGAGGGCGAGGUGCUCUGGCGGAAGCACAAGCCCAGGGCAAGAGAAAGAGGAAAGGGUCACUGAGAAAAACAGUUCUGGGAAAAGGAAGGGACAGAAAGACCUCUGAUGUCAAGAAGUCACCUCUCUCUGGUGCAACCUCACCCUCGGUGCAGCCCACAGACGAGGAGCACGAAACACCGCCAACCCCUCGUGCGAAACAGGAUCUGUCCAGAUCAAGCCCGGUCUCGCCAGACUCUCCCCCAUCCUGGCCAUUUCGCACAUUAUCACGGGUCUCGAUUCCCUCAAUCCGCAGCAGCAUUGCCUCUGUCGAUCCGGCCUCGUCUGCGGCCUCGAUCAUCAGUCCAAACUUGGCUACUACCGACGCCUCAACAGACGAAGAAGACCUCGUUUUGCCCGGGAUGCCUGCUCUCCGCCAACCCCCAUCGACAUCUUCGUUCGGGACAGACUCUUAUUUCCCAAUCCAAGAUCCCAUGCGUCGGAUGUUUGGCUCACGCACCCGCUCGCCUCUUGCCACACAACCGCAGUCUGUCACUGGUACGCCACCCGAGGAGGACUUCUGGGACUACUCCGAAACGGCUUCCUGGGGCUAUGUGAUCUUAUUUGUGACGUGGAUUGUCUUCGUCGUGGGGAUGGGAUCCUGCUUUGGGGUGUGGUCGUGGGCUUGGGAUGUAGGAGAAACACCAUACGCGCCGCCGGAAUUGGAAGACGAUCCUACUUUACCUAUUGUUGGGUAUUAUCCGGCGCUGAUGGUCUUGACGUGCAUUAUGGCUUGGGUUUGGGUCGUAGUAGCCUGGGUCGGCAUGAAAUAUUUCAGACAUGCAGAUUUCAGAGGCGACGACGGAUGA